CGAGGAGGAGGAAAGGAUAAUUCCAUCCCCGCUGAGAAAAUGGGAAGCACCAUCUCCCCGACAACCCGGGAAGGGCAACUCCAAUCCUUGCCUGGGGGCCACAUUUGGGAUCUGUGCAGCUGGAGGGACACAGCCCUGUGCCACUGAGGGCUCGGGGACAGCAUGUCCCUGCAGAGCCGCCGGACCCAGCUGCUGCUGGUCAACUCUCUGACCUUUGGCUUGGAGGUGUGCCUGGCCGCCGGCAUCACCUACGUGCCACCACUGCUGCUGGAAGUGGGCGUGGAGGAGAAAUUCAUGACCAUGGUUUUGGGGAUAGGCCCCGUCCUCGGGCUGCUUUUCGUCCCCCUCAUCGGCUCGGCCAGCGACCACUGGCGCAGCAGCUACGGCCGCAGGAGACCCUUCAUCUGGGCGCUGUGCCUGGGCGUGCUGCUCAGCCUUUUCCUCAUCCCCCACGCCAGCAGCUUGGCCGGCUUUUGCUCCCUCAACCCGCGGCCCCUGGAGAUCUCCUUCCUCAUCCUGGGCAUCAGCCUGCUGGAUUUCUGCGGCCAGGUUUGCUUCACGCCGCUGGAAGCGUUGCUGUCUGAUUUGUUCCAGGAGCCAGACAGCUGCCGCCAGGCUUUUUCCGUCUAUGCUUUCAUGAUCAGCCUGGGGGGCUGCAUCGGUUACCUGCUGCCCGCCAUCGACUGGACCUUCCUGGCGCCUUACCUGGGCGGCCAGCAGAGCUGUCUCUUCACCCUGCUGGCCCUCAUCUUCCUCUCCUGCGUGCUGGCCACGCUCUUUGUGACUGAGGAACCCGCUCGGGGGGAUUUGGAGCUGAGGGAAGCGGCGGUGAAGCCGUGGCGGGGUUGCUGCGUUCCGCGGGGACGCCGCGUCCUGCAGGCUCUGCGCGGUGUGUGCGCGCUGCUGCCGCGGCUGCACGGCCUCUGCUGCCGCAUCCCCAGGGUGGUGCGCCGCCUCUUCGUGGCCGAGCUGUGCAGCUGGAUGGCCCUCAUGACCUUCAUGCUGUUCUACACGGAUUUUGUCGGAGAAGGGCUGUACCACGGAGUGCCCAGGGCCAAGCCGGGCACCGAGGCCAGGCGGCAUUAUGAUGAAGGUGUCCGCAUGGGCAGCUUGGGCCUCUUCCUGCAGUGCAUCACCUCCAUCUUCUUCUCGACAAUCAUGGACCGGCUGGUGAAGCGUUUUGGCACGCGGGCGGUGUACCUGACCAGCGUGGUGUUCUUCCCUGGUGCCGCCUGUGUCAUGUGCCUGUCCCRCAGUGUCACCGUGGUCACCAUCUCGGCCGCCCUGACCGGCUUCACCUUCUCGGCGCUCCAGAUCCUGCCCUACACGCUGGCGUCGCUCUACCACCACGACAAACAGGUGUUCCUCCAUAAAUUCAAGAGGAAAGAAGAGGAAGACGCCGCUCUCCUGGACAAGAAAUCCUUCUCCAAAGGGUUGCUSCCCAGCCAGAAACUGCCUUACCAAAAUGGCCAUGCUGGGAGCCUUUUCCCCCCUUCCUCCUCCUCCUCCUCUUCAUCCCCUGUGGCCGUGUCCAGCUCGGCUCUGUGCGUCAGCUCCUCCUGCGACGUUUCCCUGCGGAUGGUGGUGGGAGAACCAGAGCCAGGCCGAGGGAUCUGCCUGGACCUGGCCAUCCUGGACAGUGCUUUCCUCCUGUCCCAAGUGGUGCCCUCGCUCUUCAUGGGCUCCAUCGUGCAGUUCACCCAGUCUGUCACCGCCUACAUGGUGUCUGCUGCUGGCUUCGGGCUGGUSGCCAUCUACUUCGCCACCAAAGUGGUGUUUGACAAGGGGGACAUGGCCAAAUACUCUGUGUGACAACAGGGAAGACACCUGGGUGGCAGCAGGAGCUGAGUUUGUGCCCAGAGGGUCACUUGGAGUAGCCUGGCGUGGCACUGGCUGUCCCCAAACCGCUGCUGUCACCCCRGGGCUGGGGACAGCACGGGGUUAAUCUCAGGUGUAAAUAAGAGGCUUUGGGGCGCUGUGCUCUGGGCCAGAAGGGCUUUCCAAAGGUGCCUUGAGCAGAGGGAAAAUGGGGGAAAAAGGGAAUUGGAGUUUCCCUUUGAGGGGGAAAAAGGGAAUUGGAGUUUCCCUUUGAGGGGGAAAAAGGGAAUUGGAGUUUCCCUUGACGGGGAAAAAGGGAAUUGGAGUUUCCCUUAAGGGGGAAAAAGGGAAUUGGAGUUUUCCUCCAAUAACGGGUCGUGUUCCCGAGCAGGGAUGGGGUAAAUCACCAGCUCUCCUCUCCUCCACCUCCAGCUGGGCCCUCUGCCCCUGCUCAUGGUGGUUUUACCCAAUCCUUGAGCAAUAUUUCAGCAAAUGGAGCACUGGGAAAGGAUUUCCUGGGGAAAAAAAAAACCCAGGAAAAAGUUGGGCUGUGGGGCCGAGGGGGUGCCCAGGAUUGUGCUCACACUUCUGUCCUUCUGUCCUUUUGUCCUUCCCUCCUUCCCCACCCRGAGAAAAGCCACUGUGCCUUGUUUUGGAAAAAGCAAGGAGCAUCCCAUUAGGCCCCGUUCCAAAARGUGACUUAACCUUUACCUACAUAGCAGCUUGCAUCAGAUAGAGAGCACUUCUGAGCUUUUAUUUUUUUAUUUUAAUGAUUGUUUUUGCUCUCUUCCCACAGCUCUCAAUAACUCUGACCUCUCACUCCUCACCUCAGUGCCUGCCCUGAUCUCUCAGAUCCAGGCUGUUGUGCCUUUCCCUGGCCCCUAAAAGGGAAUUUUUUGGGGUUUUCAGAGGGGUUUUUAGUG